AUAAAAAAUAAUUCGUCAAUAUAAACGGAAGUUAACAUUGACCCAAUAACAGUCUUACAUUUAGCGUUUUUAUUGUUAUUUAGACGUUUAUUAACACCCUGGAACUCAAUAUGAAUCCCUCGACUGCACAGCGUCACAUAUUUACACCUGGUAGUCUUUAAUUCGCGUUGUCGACAGGACGAUCUAUGUUUUCUAGCUAGUUAGCUGCUAACGUUAGCUAACAAUGGCUAACUGUAUGGUUUUUCACACUCAAAUAGCCUCCAUCAUGGAGGUGCUAGCGAAUGCAGCUGUAGCAGAGAUCUGUAAAAUCGUUGACGACGACUAUGCAGUGGUUCGUUUGGAAAUAACUCAAAGCCAUAAAGAGAACAGGGGAUUGCGGAGGAAAUUACAGCUGUUGGAAUUGAAGAUGGCACGGGAGCGCGUUCUCGCCAGUCGUCCCAGUAGUGUGAAACUCCUCGACCGAUAUAGAGGAUUGGCAAGAGGCGAAGGACAUCUCACUCGAGGCCACAGGAGCUUUGCGAAGCCAGCAGGACAUAACACGUUUAGAGAUGACCAACCAAUCACUGUUGAUGAGGGGAGUGGAACCUCAACCCAGCAUGUUAUCGUGAUAGAGUCUGCAGAGGCUGCAGUCACUGGGGUCAAGCUGGAGAGGUCUGAAGGAGAGGAGGACCCACGGCACAGCAGAGACAUCCAGACUGGAGCGUCCCAUGUAGCCAUGGAGGACCUCACCGCCACCGCGCCCAGGACCCGACGCAGCAUCACGGAGGAGGAGGAGGGUCCAGAAGUGCUGCUGGUGAAGGAGGAGGGGUGUGAGGAGGGUCUGGGGAACCCAGAGGGGACCAUGGUCAUGGAGGACAACCAGACUACACCUCCUCCUGAACCCACAGAGGAACCAGCUGAGCAGCACAGGACCACACACAGUCUCACUGAGUCAGUAGACAUGGAGGAUGGGAAGCCUGAUCUGCUACUAGUCAAAGAGGAGACAAUAGAAGAUGGACCAGAGAGCAUUGACCUGCUGAGUGGACUAAAGACGGGGGAGCAAGGUGGUUGGCUGGAGGUUAACAGAGGAGACUGGGCGGACAUCUUGGAUUCCCAGAACCAGACUGGUGCAGCCAAGGGCCCAGGGGACAAUGUCACUGAGCAGGACAGGACUAGAGGCAACAUAGUGGAGUCUCCAGUUCACGAGGACCUACUGAUAUCUGAUGUUACUGGCAGGAGAGACUGGACCUAUGAAGCGGCUGGUCACAAACCCUGGCACCAGAUCAGGACCAUGGAUCAGGAACCGUUGCUCUUCCUUUCCGAGUCAGAACCAGGACCCAACCGCGAGGGACAGAGACUCCACUACGUAGAACACAAGCAGUGGACAGGUGGACUAAGCCACCCCAGUCCUGAUGGUCAUCAGAGAGAUGGAGCUGAUAGAGAGAGACCCUCCUGUUCCUAUGAUGCAAACACCACAGUAUCCAUGAUGAACAGAGCAGGUCACCCUGGGCUUCAGCCUUCACAGAGAGUGGUGGGAGACUACCACCAAGGGGGUCUAUCAGCAAAUCUGUCUUCUCCUUCAGGGUCUCAUCUAAUGCCUAGUGACUGGGUUCAUAGGAGACCUGGGUCUGGCCUUCCUCAGUUAACUCAUGGUUACCCCACGAAUACAGACAGGGUCAUGAUGGGCGUUCACCACGAGAGGUUCCUAGCCUAUAACACAGCACACAAUACCAACAACACACAAACAAUGACUAGAGGUCAAGGAGGGAGCUCAAAGACUAACCACCUGAGUGUGGUGGAUCCUGCUUCUCCCUCCUCUGGUGUCAAUGCGUCACAAUGUGGGAAGUCGAGCAUUACGACUGACGCCGACAAGCCGUACGCCUGCCCCACAUGUGGAAAACGCUUCGCUCAUGCGUACUAUGUGAAGACUCAUCAAACCGUUCACACCAAGGACAAGCCCUUCAAGUGCAAACUAUGUUACAAGAGCUUCUCCUUCCUGACGAGCCUCAUCAGACAUAGGAGUGUCCACAACGGGGAGAAAUUGUAGCAGUGUGGCUUGAGAUGUACGCAGGGGAUAUCCGGGAAUUAUUUUUAACUAUAAUAUUUUAGCUAAUCAUUUGAAGUGUCUUGGGGUAAUUAACCACAUACCCCUGAUUAAUCCUUUGUUAACUUGUCAUUUAAAACAGGCUUGUGUAAAUCUGUUUUUAUAGAGACUGUAAACCUAGGCUAGUUCAAGCACAACUGAAUAGUUACCUUACUUAGACGUAAUAAAGUCAUUAUUUUCAACUCUA